AUGUCUGAUUCAGUGAAAAUUGAAGGGUUGUUAGGGAUGUUAACUGUGAAACUUCAAGAUGACAACUUUGUCAAAUGGAGCUAUCAGUUUCAAUCGGUACUAAGGGGUUAUGAUUUGUUUAACUAUUUUACUGGUGAAUCACCAUGCUCACCUAGAUUUGUUAUCGAUACAGAGACAUGUGUGACAAAAGAAGUUAUAGUAGCUUACAAGAAUUGGGUGAAGAAAGAUUUGGCAUUGCACAGUUUGUUGAUUGUUACUCUGUCUGAUGAUGUGAUGGAGUAUGUCAUUGGUUGCAAAACCUCACAAGAAGCUUGGACCUGUUUGCAAGAAAGAUUUGCAUCCAUAUUUGUGGUGAGGAUUAAUCAAUUGAAGACUGAGUUUUAUACUUCACAUAAAGGUGGGGAGUCUGUUGAGAAGUUUAUGCUGAAACUGAAGGGUAUAAAAGAUCAAUUGAUCUUAGCUGGAGAGAAAGUUACAGAGAAUGAUUACAUGAUUGUUGUACUGUCUGGAUUGCCUGUGGAUUUUGAAAUGAUCAAGAUUGUGAUUCUUACUAGGGAAAUAGCUAUGUCUUUGAAAGAUUUCAAGGCUCAAUUAGUUAGAGCUGAAGCAAGUAUUGAAACAAGAAUGCACUCAUUAAGUUCUUAUAUGGCAGCAAUGAUGGUACAAGGUGAAGGGUCUAAUUCUCAGAGAUUCCAGGGAGGUUAUGAACAUGGGGAAAAUUCUAAUUCUAAUGGGGAUCAAUAUCAUGGGAAUCAAUCUAAUUUCCAAGAAGAAUUUGGCUACGUUGGCACUGGAAAUAGAUCUUUUCAGCAAAGGAAUGAUGGGCACAACAACUAUUUUGGGAACAACAAUUAUUCAGGUAACAAUAGAAGGUUCAAUAAUGGGAAUAAUAACUCAAAGCUUUACUCUAGCAACUAUGGGAAUAGAAGUGAGAAUUCAAGUGAUGGAAAUGGAAGUAGCAAUUACUUUAGAAAUGGGAAGCAAUCUCAGAAUGACAACUCUUACUCUGGGAACACAAGAAGUAACUAUUGA